AUGACUAUCACUCUCAACAACCUCCCUGAUGACCUCUUGAUUGAUGCCAUCGCAUUUCUCUCUGUCCCUGAUAUCCUGUUUCUCUGCCAGGCAUGUACACGGUUCAACACAUUCAAACUCAAUAUUCUCUCGAAUGAUUACCCCUGUCCCAUCAAUGAUACUGAUCACAAACAGCGUACAUGUCAUGCCUACCGACUUGCGACUCGAUGGCUUGCAGACUAUCCUAUGAUCCCCACGAGCAUCAUAAAAUUCACUGCCUCACCCGCAUCUGAUAUCAAAUUCAUACCAGGAUGGCAACACAAGUGGAUUUUGAUUGUAUCAGAGGGGAUCCGGACUGUGCUGACAAUAUGGGAUGUCGCUCGUGCGCACAAGUGCUCAGAGUGGUUACCCAAAGGCGGGAAGCUAUUCACCAAGAUAAUUCUUAAUGAAGACCCUGAGUCUGAAGUGAGCAUUGUGGUCGCGUUGUAUGGAUCAGAAAGAAUUUUGUUCCUCCAUCUCGACGACGAUGGAGCCUUGCACAAAGUCCAUGACAUCGAUGUUGGUUUCCACCCAGUCAGCAUGACUGGCGAUGUUAUAGCUUUCAGCGACGACAUUUCCAAAGCAUUGAUCUACAACUGGAAGACAGAGGAGCAGGCCUACCUCGAUGAUGGAGGCGACAUGCAGGACAAUGAUUGCAACCAUAUCAUCUUUGCCCCGACCUCCAUUGAUUGUUGUCAUCCCCACCAACUCUCUCAGUACCUUUUUGACUGGCACGAUCACACCAGCGCAACACCUACAUCCCUCCUCACGCUCUCUGAGAGCUACAGACUGUGGACGUUAGAAACCAAUUUGUUCCAACUGUACUCCCUGGCAUCCGUUCCCCCAAUGCUCCUCUCCAGAGGAUUAUCCCGCCAUUGUGUACUCUCAUAUGUUGACAUGGUCCUUGGCAAGCGGGGUACAGCGGUAUGGAUCAGCCCUGAAGAAUGUGCCACAGCAGAGUAUCGUGGCUGCAAAACCUUGAUUGCAGCCAUAUUCCCUGGUCCACUCAACGCUAUGGCCGAAGUCCGCAUUCACGAGCUAUGCUCAAACACCCCCAACAACUGGGAUGCAUUGGAUUAUGAUGAAGAACUCGGGAGGAUUGCCCUCGGUUCGUGCCUUGGGGAAGUUACCAUUGUUCAGUUGUAG